AGCGUUACACAGAACUACACUGUCAACAGUAGCACUAGUCUGACUGAGCUGUCGAAGUUAAAGCACAAACAGGUAACGGAGGCAAAAUAAAUGUAAAUACAUGAAAAAACUGCUUUCAUGCUUUCGUAAUCAAUUCAAUGUGAUUCUGUUGUACCCUGAACUCUCACUGCCAGUAAUCGGAUUUGUUUCACAAUAGCGUCCUUGUAACGAGUGUGAGAGAGAGAAAUGUUUGUGAAUUCAGGCCAGUGUCAUUGAUGUCACGAGAAAUUCAACAAGCGCACAAGCCAGAGUCGGAUUCCUCUACACUCUUACACUCGCUGUUGCUGACUAAAGAUAAAUGACAGAUUUUACAGCAUAAAACUUUUUGCAAGCAUCUGUUUGUGGAUCUAGGCAGCUGAGAUUCUCCUGUUGAAGUAAGUGGAAUUAAUUCUGGUCUGAUUGACUCGGAGGUUUGAAAAGCCAUCAUGGUGUUGUUUGGCACUACACUGAUUGUGGUCACGCUACAUUCAAUCAUGCCAAUUGUGAGUGGAAGACUGAAAAGUGAGACUCAGGUUAUGAUUUUCCACAUCCCAAACACUGAACAUAAAGAAGAGAGCUUGGAUGAUGUUUUUCUAGAUGGACCCGCUUUAAACCCAUUCAGGAGCCUAGACUUUUAUGCUGGUGUUGACGAAUUUUCAAGAAAAACUGUGGCUGAAUCGACUGAUAUGCAUUCAGUAGCUGAUUCCAUAUCAACCAGAACUGAACGUGGCGGUAAAAAUAUUGUACACAAGGAGCCUGAGAUUGAUGAGAAGUUGAAUAAGGUGGGAUGUGAUGGUAAAUGCAUAAUUAGUUCACUGGAUAACACCUCCUCUGAUGGCUUGAAAGAUACCUCUAGUGGAGAUCCAGUGGUCAUUACACAUCUCGGGCGAGUUCGUGGCCGUACUCUGGAUAAAGCUCAUGUGUUUUAUGGGAUUCCUUAUGCAGACCCUCCUGUGGGGGACAAACGCUGGGCUCCUCCUUCACACAUGUCACAUUGGACGUACACAUAUGAUGCUACAUUUCCCCGUCCUGCUUGCAUGCAGGUGUGUGCUGGCGAGUUCUCUCGGAUGUGUCCUCCUAAGGUUAGCGAGGACUGCCUGUAUCUAAACGUCUUUGUUCCUGUGAGCGUCAACCUGUCAUUGCCGAUGGUAAAAGCCCUGCCGGUGAUGGUGUGGAUUCACGGCGGUGACUUCAUCGCUGGCUCCGCCUCCAAACCGCUAUACGACGGCCGCUUCAUCAGUAACUAUAGCAACACAGUAGUUGUAAACAUGGAGUAUCGUCUUGGUGCGUUUGGCUUCUUAGUCACAGGCAGAGAUCCCGAGAGCUCUGCAGUGGGGAAUUAUGGGAUUCUAGACCAGCAGGCAGCACUGCGCUGGGUCCAAGAAAACAUUGCAGCUUUUGGAGGAGACCCAAAUAAGGUUACUCUGUUUAGCGAGAGCGCUGGAGCCCAAUCAGUGUGUCUUCAUCUGAUGAUGCAGAGCAGCGAGCAUUUGUUUAGACAUGCAGCCAUACAGAGUUUACCAUUCUCUUUGCCACUGAAAACCAGAUGGGAUGCGAUGAAACUGGGCUGGGACUUUGCUAAACUGACUAAUUGCUCAGCAUUUGAUCUGCCCUGUCUGCGCUCUCUCAGCUCACACGACGUGCUCAAUGCCCAGGUUAAAUCAGGUUCUAAGAUCAUCAACCCCUUCCGUUUCCUGGAGGUUUUUGAGACAUGGGGACCAUUCAUUGACGGAGAGCUGAUCCAGGAACAGCCAAUCACAGCCUUCCAAACCGGCCACUGGCAGAGUUACAAGCCUGUUAUACUUGGUACAACCUCUGAGGAAGGCGUGACCUUUGUGUACAGCGUUUUCAACCGGUCCGUAUCAACGCUAGAAAGUGUGCUCUACACUGUCGCCAUUUUUAAGCAACAUGCGCUUAAAAUUUUGCACAAAUAUAUUCCUUUCUACCGAAACCAGGACAGAAGAGUGAUGCUUUCACAAAUUGUCACGGAUUACAUGUUCCUGUGUCCUACUCGAUGUUCUGCUCGUUCUGGAGUGAGAGACGGUGGAGCCGUUUGGUUGUAUGUAUUUGAUCAUGCUCCAUCUGAUAACAACAUAUGGGCGGGGCUUCCGUUCUGCUACAAUCGUACCUGCCAUGGGGCGGAACUUCCCUUUCUCUUUGACUCCGCCCCCAGCACUAACUUCACGCUUACUCCUCAAGAGACCCUUCUGGCCAAUCGGAUGGCGUGUUAUUGGGGAACGUUUGCCCACACGGGGGACCCAAACUCUCAAAGUGAACAGACGCACUUCUGCACACAGCAGAGGCUGCCGGUUUGGCCUCGAUACACUGCUUUAGAGGGCUGGCCCAUCCUGAACCUGACCCUACCCUCACACCCACAGCUCGGGGACAGGGACCAUUUCUGUGACUUCUGGGAUCGGCUGGACAUCUAUUGAGGGGAGGAGAGACAAGAUCAGGCCGCUAACAAUUUUGAUAAACCCUUUGCUAUUCAUUAAUCAUUCUGCUAUUUCUUUUUUAAAUCCAAAUCUCAUCUUUACAUAUUAUCAGUGACUGGGCCAGUGUAAUAACAAAAUACUAUUUUUAAAGUACAUUAUGAUUCAAAAGUUAGGAGUAAUUUUUUCAUGUUUCUGAAAUAUCUCUUCUUCAGCU